GGAUCCGUCCUUGGGAUGAAACCUGUUAAAAUCUGGGAGCUUGAAGGCAAGGUAGUAGGAAUAUACUUGUCGGCCAAUUGGUUUGCUCCAUGUCGAAAGUUCAAUGAACUUCUACUUGAUGUUUACGAGCAGCUUAAGAGGCAAGGGUGUGAUUUUGAGAUCGUCUUGGUGUCUUCUGAUGAAGAUAUUGACGCGUUUAACAGUUAUCGCGCUACCAUGCCUUGGCUUUCAGUGCCAUUUUCUGAUUUGGAGACUAAAAGAGCCUUAAAUAAGAGUUUCAAUGUGGAAGCUAUGCCUUGUUUAGUUUUCUUACAGCCUAAUUACGAUGGCGUGGAUGGUGAUGAUGCUACAAUGCAAGACGGAGUUGAGCUUAUCUAUCGAUAUGGAACCGAAGCCUUUCCUUUUACUAAGGAGAGGUUGGAGACAUUGCACAAGGAACAGAAAGACAAGGAAGAAAGGCAGACGUUUCUUAAUUUGUUAACUAAUGUUGAUAGAGACUAUCUUUUGAGCAUUAAUUCUUCGUCUUACCAGGUACCCGUGACAUCUUUACAAGGCAAGACAAUAGGACUAUACUUUUCGGCACAAUGGUGCCUACCUUGUGUGAAAUUCAUCCCAAAGCUAAUCUCCAUCUACCAAAGGAUCAAACAAAACCUACCAAAAGAGGAAGAUUUUGAGAUAGUGUUCGUGUCAAGUGAUACCGAUGAAGCAUCCUUUCUCUCUUACUUUGAACGAAUGCCAUGGUUGGCGUUACCCUUUGGUGACAGGACCACCAAGGACCUUGCUAAGCAUUUUGAUGUGCGAGAGAUUCCGUGUUUGGUCAUCUUGGGUCCAGACGGUAAAACCGUGACCAAACAAGGGAGGUAUUUGAUAAACUUGUACCAGGAAAAUGCUUACCCUUUCACUGAUGCAAGAUUGGAGUUUUUGGAGAAACAAAUGGAUCAAGUAGCCAAGAGUUUGCCCAAAUCAGCAUUUCAUUUAAAGCAUCAACAUGAGCUUAAUUUGGUGUCUGAGCGUACUGGUGGUGGGCCUUUUAUCUGUUGUGAUUGUGAUGAGCAAGGCUAUGGGUGGGCUUAUCAAUGUCUUAAUUGUGGGUUCGAGGUCCAUCCCAAAUCUGUUAGGCCCAUUCAACACCCCAACACAUGAUUGAGAAAGAGAUUGAUCGAUCCGGGAAAGAAUUAUCAGUUAUGUAGAGAUGCCAUUAAAUACUAACAAAAUUUGGUGUUUCUUUCCCAUCAUCCCUGUAAAACUCAAUACGAUCAUAUAAAGAGGUUCGUGAUGUGAAUCAUUGUGGUUUGUGAUAAUAUGCUUCUCAUACAA